AAACAGUCAUAAAAAUUGUUUUUAAAAAAUUCAAUUGCAUUUUCAAAUUUUUAUGCAUAUCAUCGACUAAAAAAAGUAAUUGUCAUAAAAAUUAAUUAAUAAUUCAAAUUAAUAUAAAAUACUGUAAUAUUAGACUUUAAAAAUAUCAUAUUUUUGUUACAUUUUUUUUUUAAUUUGUUACACAAGUUUUAUUCAACAAAAAAAUUUUGUUUUAAUUGUGAAACUAAUUAUAAUUAUUAUUAUUAUUAUUAUUAACAACAACUAAAUUACCCGAAACUUUCACUGAGAGGAAAAUGUCGGCCAAAUCUGCCAACGCUUUCAUCGCUUUUCUGAUGAUAUUUUACUACUGGUUCAGAGGUAUUGUCCUGUUUUUUGUACCCAAACCGCUGAGAUUCAAGUCAAUCGACGGCCAACUGGCAGUGAUAACGGGUGGCGGUAGUGGACUGGGUCGGGCAUUGGCCUUGAGAUUUGCCCGACGCGGUGCCAACAUUAUUGUAUGGGAUGUCAACGAGUCGGGACUCAGGGAAACCGUACGACUAGUACAGGAGGACAGUCCCGGUGUAAAAGUCUAUCACCAGGUGGUCGAUGUUACCGAUCGGACGAAAGUAUACCAAACUGCUCGGGAUAUACAGCAAUCAAUCGGACGGGUAGACAUAGUGGUCAACAAUGCUGGCAUAGUUAACGGUCGACCGCUGAUGGACAUACCCGACGAUCGGAUAGAGUUGACUAUACGGGUGAAUGCCGUAAGCCAUUUUUGGACAGUCAAAGCUUUCCUGCCCGAUAUGAUUGAACGAAAUAGUGGCCAUUUUGUAUCGAUAGCAUCGGUAGCCGGCCAGAUAGGUACCGUCAAAUUGACCGAUUAUUGUGCAUCAAAACAUGCGGCCAUCGGUUUCGAGGAAUCCCUACGUAUGGAGUUGUUAUCGGCCGGUCUAACCGAUAUCCGGUCGACAGUCGUAUUGCCAUACUUUAUGAACACCGGUAUGUUUCACGGUUUCAAAUCAUCAAUACUACCGGCACUGGACUAUGAACUGGUAGCCGACUCAGUGGUCAGCGGUGUCCUAUGCAACGAUGAGUAUGUAGUCGUACCGAAAAUAUGCUAUACACUGAAUACACUGAAAACUUUGAUGCCCGUCCGGGCCUACUAUAAACUGUAUGAAGUAAUGGGCGGCUAUCAGGCAAUGGAGGACUUUACCGGUCGGGAUGGCCUGACAGCGGCCGAUACUACCGCUAAACAUACUAAUAGUAAUAAUAAUAGUAUUAAUAAUAAUAAUAAUAACAAUCAGCGCCAAAAAGUUAACUAAAUAACUACAGUAAUAGUUAAUAAUAGUAAUUAUAAUAAUAAUAAUAAUCA